GUUUUGUCACUUGUGAUUUGCAGUGAAAGUACGUUGUCCCUGUGGGAGUCUUGCUUCUAAUUGGAUAAUAUUUCUCAGAUCCUUUUGGGUCUCUCUGAAAUAAUUGUUCUAAAAUGAAUGUAUGUGUGUACAGAUUGUAUUUUGGGAGAGUUAAUUACCAACUGUGUGGUUCAGGGAUUUAGUGCAAGAAGAGGAAGAACAGUUGAUGGAAGAAAGGAAAAAGAGAAAAGAAGACAAGAAGAAGAAGGAAGCUGCUCAAAAAAAGGCCAUUGAACAAAAAAUCAAAGUGCCAGAACAAACCAAGACAAGUGUAAGCCAGCCUCAGCCUGUCACCUCUAACGGCACUUCCACAGCAACCAGCACUAAUAAUAAUGCCAAGCGGGCCACAGCCAACAAUCAGCAGCAGCAAACCUUGCCUCGAUACCCUCCUCGUGAAGUACCACCGCGAUUUCGACACCAGGAACAGAAACAGCUUCUGAAACGAGGUCAGCAGUUACCAGUUAUAGCUGCAAACCUGGGAUCUACUCCUAAAGUAUUAAACGGCCAGUCAGGAGGCAGCACUGUCACAACCAAACAGCCGGUGACCAACGGAGAAGUGCCGAACAGCAGCAAAAAACAGCCAGGCAUGCCUCCCAUUCGGGACUUGGUGAGCCACUCCCCUAACCAGUCAGAUCUGAACCACAGUGGUCUAGGAUCCCAUUAUGAAAAUUCUCACUGGGGACCAGUCUCUUCAAAUAGUGAAUCCAGCACAAACUGGGAUAAAGUUAUUGUAGACGGCUCUGACAAAGAAGCAUGGCCAUCAAUCACUGGCAGUGACCCAGAGUUGACAUCAGAAUGUAUGGACACUGACUCUGCCUCUAGCUCUGGGUCAGAGAGAAACCUCAUUAUAAUGGCUUCAGGGAGCACAGGUGGUGAAAAUGAUGGCAUUCGAAAUGGCAUCGGACAUGGUUCUCAAAAUAAGUUUGUGGUUGGUAGCAACAGCAAUAAUGUGGGCAAUGGAAGUAUUAAUGGGCCAUGGGGUUUAUCCCAUGGGACCAUAAUAAGCACAUGUCAAGUUUCUGUGGAUGCUCCUGACAGCAAAUCUGAAAGUAGCAACAAUAGAAUGAAUGCUUGGGGCACCAUAAACUCUUCAUCAAAUGGAGGGUUAAAUCCAAGCACUUUGAAUUCAAAUGGCAACCAUGGUGCCUGGCCUGUAUUGGAGAACAAUGGACAUGCCCUGAAAGGGUCUGUAGGGAGUGGUAAUUCUGGCACAAAUAUUCAGUGCAGUACCAUAGGUCAGAUAUCUAACAGUCAGAGUAUUAACUCUAAAGUGGGUGGUUCAGCCCAUGGUUCCUGGGGAGGCCUUCAGGAAAAUUGUGAUUCUGAAGUAAAUGGUACAAGGAAGGUUUCAUUCAGUGGGCAACCUCAAAACCUUAACACUGAAAUGAAUGGACCAAAUAACACUACUAACUUUAUGACCUCUAGUUUACCAAACUCUGCUGGUUCAGCGCAGAUUAACGAACUGCCUAAUAAUACAGGGCAUGGGGCCUGGCGUGUGAGCACAAUGAAUCAUUCUCAGAUUCAGGCCUCUCCAGUUACAAAUGGCACUUCCAUUUCUCACCUUAGCAAUGGUGAGGCGAAAAAUGGUGGAUCUUAUGGUACUACAUGGGGUGCCUAUGGUUCUAAUUACUCUGGAGACAAAUGUUCAGGCCCAAACAGCCAAGCUAAUGGUGACACUGUGAAUGCAACUCUAAUGCAGUCAGGCAUUAGUGGGCCUGGCAGCACUAACUUUCAAAUCAACGGGAAUAAAGGAGGAGGGGUGUGGGAAGCAGGGACAGUCAACUCCCAGAAUAUGCCAUGGGGAAGUGGAAAUGGUGCAAGUGCUGGCGGAAGUAGAAGAGGAUGGGGCAACCCUGCACAAAACACUGGCACUAACAUUUCAAAUGGUGAAUGGAGUAAACUGCCUAGUAAUCAGCAUUCCAAUGACAGUGUAAAUGGAAAUACCAGGAAGUUUACAAAUGGAUGGAAAUCUACUGAAGAGGAUGACCUUAACAGCCAGAGUUCUGCUGUGUCUCAGAUAACUGAGCAGAAUAGCGCGUGGGCCAAAACAGGUACAGGGGACGGAGAAGGUAGUACAGAGAGCACUGGAUGCCAUGAAGAUAGAGUAGCUACAGAAGGACAGAAUCGAGAGAGAAGAAAAGUUGACCAGCAUGCAUUACUCCAAAGUAUAGUAAACAGAACUGACUUAGAUCCACGUGUCCUUUCCAAUUCUGGUUGGGGACAGACUCCGAUCAAACAGAACACUGCCUGGGAUACCGAAACAUCACCAAGAGGUGAAAGAAAAACUGACAAUGGGACAGAGGCCUGGGGAGGCUCUGUGACACAGACUUCUAGCUCAGGGGGAUGUGUGGAUAGACCUAGCCCUAAUAAUAAUGAUACCUCAUCUGUAUCAGGGUGGGGAGAUCCAAAGUCUGCUACAAGGUGGGGAGACUCCAAAGGGUCAAAUAGCCAAGGGGGGUGGGAAGAGGAUUCUGCUGCUACAGUAAUGGUCAAGAGCAAUCAAUCAUGGGGAAGUGGCAAAGAGGAAAAGUCAUCUUGGAAUGACACGCAGAAGAUGAAACAGGGAUGGGUAGAAGGACAGAAGGCCAGCCAGGGUUGGGCUGUUUCUGCCAGUGACAGCUGGGGUGAAAAUUCAAGAAGUAACCAUUGGGGUGAGACUAAGAAAUCCAGUUCAGGAGGUAGCGACAGUGACAGAUCAGUAUCUGGUUGGAAUGAGCCAGGUAAAUCAAAUUCUGUUACUUGGGGAGGUAGUAGUAAUACAAACCCAAAUAAUUCUUCAGGAUGGGAUGAGCCUGCAAAGUCUAAUCAGAACCAGGGCUGGGGAGACCCUCCUAAAUCCAAUCAGCCUCAAGGUUGGGGGGAUUCAUCAAAGCCAAUCAACUCUCCAGAAUGGAACAAACAAGAUGUUGGAUCUUGGGGAGCACCGUCUGCCACCAAUAAACCACCGGGCUCAGGCUGGCUGGGGGGACCAAUGCCAGCUCCAGCAAAGGAAGAGGAACCCACUGGCUGGGAGGAGCCAUCCCCUGAAUCAAUACGCCGCAAAAUGGAAAUUGAUGAUGGAACUUCUGCUUGGGGUGAUCCGAGCAAAUACAACUACAAAAAUGUGAAUAUGUGGAAUAAAAAUGUCCCAAACAGUAGCAGCAGUUCAGACCAGCAAGCACAGGUACAUCAGCAGCUACUGUCUUCAAGUGCCAUGUCUAGCAAGGAGAGCAGUUCGGGUUCUGGUUGGGGAGAGCCUUCUACUCCAGCCACUACUGUAGAUAACGGAACGUCAGCGUGGGGUAAGCCCAUGGAUACUGGUACUAGCUGGGGAGAACCCAUCAGCGACGCAGGAGGCACCUCUGGCUGGGGAAACGCUUCUCUUGGUCAACAGGCUCCAAAUAAACCUGGGCCUAAAUCUAUGCAAGAUAGUUGGUGUGGAGAUGAUAUGCCAUUGACAGGCAGUCGUCAGACCAGCUGGGAGGAAGAAGAGGAUGUAGAGAUUGGAAUGUGGAACAGCAGUUCUUCACAAGAAGCUAACACAUCUUUGAACUGGCCACCCUAUAUGAAGAAAAUGCCCACAAAGGGAAUAAUGAAAGGUGGAAAUAAGCAAGAUGAAGCAUGGAUCAAUCCAUUCAUUAAGCAAUUCACAAAUCUCAGUUUUUCAAGAGAAUCACCAGAAGAAACCAUACAGAGCAAUAAGAUGGACAUGUCUGGAGGGAUAUUGCAAGAUAAGAGAAUGGAGAUUGAUAAGCAUGGCCUCAAUGUUGGAGAUUACAAUCGUGUGGUUGGAAAAGGCCCUGGUUCUCGUCCUCAGAUUUCCAAAGAGUCUUCCAUGGAUCGCAGUCCUUAUUUUGAUAAGGAUGGCAUUGUAGCAGACGAGUCCCAAAACAUGCAGUUUAUGUCCAAUCAAAACAUGAAGCUUCCCCCUUCAAAUAGUGCACUACCUAACCAAGCCCUUGGCUCCCUGGCAGGGCUGGGUAUGCAAAACUUGAAUUCUGUUAGACAGAAUGGCAAUCCCAGUGUGUUUGGUGUUGGUAAUAUAGCAGCACAGCCCAGGAGCAUGCAGCAGCCUCCAGCACAACCUCUUAAUUCAUCUCAGCCUAAUCCACGUGCUCAAGUGCCUCCUCCAUUACUAUCCCCUCAGGUUCCGGUAUCAUUACUGAAGUAUGCACCAAACAGCGGUGGCCUGAGUCCACUUUUUGGCCCACAACAGGUAGCCAUGUUGAAUCAACUGUCCCAGUUAAACCAGCUUUCUCAGAUCUCCCAGUUACAGCGGUUGUUGGCUCAGCAGCAAAAAGUGCAGAAUCAAAGAAGCAUGCCUUCUGGUGGUCGUCAACAGCAGGAGCAGCAGGGUCGAUCUCUUAGUAUGCAGCAACAGAUGAUGCAACAGUCCCGUCAGCUUGAUCCAAACCUGUUAAUGAAGCAGCAAACUCCACCCUCUCAACAGCAGUCACUCCAUCAACCCACCAUGAAAUCUUUCCUUGAGAAUGUCAUACCCCAUGCUACUCCUGAGCUACAGAAAGGGCCAUCACCAAUAAAUUCAUUCAGCAGCUUCCCUAUAGGCUUCAGUCCAAUUUCUACUUCAGAAAUUCCAGGAAUGAACUCAAACUUGAAUGUAAACAUGGAUAUGAGCAGUAUUAAAGAGCCACAGCAAUCUCGAUUGAGAAAAUGGACUACAGUAGACAGCAUUUCUGUGAACACAUCUUUAGAGCAAAACUCCAGCAAACAUGGUGCUAUUUCAAGUGGUUUUAGGCUGGAAGAGUCUCCGUUUGUUCCAUAUGACUUUAUGAACAGCAGUACUUCACCAGCCAGUCCUCCUGGAUCUAUUGGGGACGGCUGGCCCCGUGCCAAAUCGCCUAAUGGCUCUAGCAGUGUUAACUGGCCACCAGAAUUUCGUCCUGGUGAGCCAUGGAAAGGUUAUCCAAACAUCGACCCUGAAACUGACCCUUACGUCACUCCUGGCAGUGUCAUAAACAAUCUUUCAAUUAAUACUGUGCGGGAAGUUGACCACCUCAGGGACAGGAACAGUGGGUCAUCCUCAUCUUUGAACACCACGCUGCCUUCAACUAGUGCCUGGUCAUCCAUUCGUGCCUCCAACUACAAUGUUUCCCUCAGCAGUACAGCACAAAGCACUUCAGUAGCCAGAAACAGUGAUUCCAAAUCAACAUGGUCUCCUGGAUCAGUCACUAACACCUCUCUGGCUCAUGAGCUGUGGAAGGUCCCUUUGCCACCUAAAAGCAUCACUGCUCCAUCCCGCCCACCUCCAGGGCUAACAGGCCAGAAACCACCUUUGUCCACUUGGGAUAAUUCCCUUCGUUUGGGUGGAGGAUGGGGAAAUUCUGAUGCCAGAUAUACCCCUGGUUCAAGCUGGGGUGAGAGCAGCUCAGGGAGAAUAACAAAUUGGCUUGUUCUGAAGAACCUUACACCUCAGAUCGAUGGCUCAACCCUGCGUACUCUGUGCAUGCAGCACGGUCCACUAAUAACAUUCCACCUUAACCUCCCACAUGGUAAUGCUUUGGUCCGUUACAGUUCAAAAGAAGAGGUAGUGAAGGCACAAAAAUCUCUGCACAUGUGUGUUUUAGGGAACACUACUAUUCUUGCUGAGUUUGCCAGUGAAGAGGAGAUUAGUCGCUUCUUUGCACAAGGCCAGUCUCUGACUCCGUCUCCUGGCUGGCAAUCUCUUGGAUCCAGCCAGAACCGACUCGGAUCCAUUGAUGGUUCCCAUUCGUUCUCAAACCGUAAUGAUCUAAAUCACUGGAAUGGUGCUGGGCUGUCGGGAACUAGCAGUGGAGACCUUCAUGGCACUUCACUUUGGGGGAGCCCCAGCUAUUCCACGAGCCUGUGGGGCACCCCGAGCAGCAAUGACACCAGGGGAAUUAGCAGCCCAUCCCCCAUCAACACUUUCCUUUCUGUUGACCACCUAGGUGGAGGUGGAGAGUCCAUGUAACCUUUUACUUUUUUCAACUAAUAAACUGUGACCUCAAAACGUAA